CAGCACUGUAAAUACCGGCCUAAGGAAUUUAUCAAUCUAUUUAUAGUUUGUAAUCCAUGAUUUAUCACAUAUAUAAAGCGGUAUAAAAUAUAAACGUAAUUACAUGUACAUCAAACGAAAAUAUCAUUAGCAUUGGAAAGUGAAGUAGUAGCAAAGAAUUGUAAAAAAGUAAUAAUAAUAUUCCUCUUAUGUGUCUGAUUACAAUGAUAAUUAUUAAAUAUGAUCUAUAUUUAUGAGGUACAGAUAGAGAUACAAAUAAUAUUUCUUUGAACUGUAAAAUAUAAAAUAAACCGAUUUCGAGGAGUAUCUUAAACGCUUUGUUCAACAUAUUUAUUUUAGGUGUUAAAACUGAUUUGUUGAUUACGCCCAGCUUUGAGGUACAGCUUUUUCAAAGAAUAUAUUUAAAAAUUAUUGGUGCAUAAUUUUUGGAGUAAUACGAUGGCUAGACGUAAAUGUACGGAAGAAGAUAUAUCACUGUUAUUGGAAUCCAAUUCAGACUUCGAUGACUCCUACGUGCCGGACAAGAGUAAAGAUUAUAACUCUUCGGAUUCUUCGGAUUUCAAGGAGAUCUUAGAUAAGAACAAAAAGCUUUUGCUACAAGGUAGCUUAUUACGACAGAAGCAAUCUUCUUUGCGGCUCAAGCUAAGACGUUCCACGGAACAGAGCACAUACAAAAUAGAUACCGAAUCGGAAGACGAGCGACCCAGGAGAUCGACUAGGAACGCAAAGUUGAGAGGCUUGCAAGAUGAGAAUCAAGUACCGCAUACAAGAAGAAACACAAGAGCUAUAAAAUUACCUACGAGAUAUUCAGAUUACGAGUGUUUCUCUCCUAAGUCACCUGUUUCACGAAGGGAACAGACCAAUUGUGACGAUAAUGAGAGGCAACUAUCUUCCGCGAAUACUACCAAAAGAAGAAAACAAACCGUUGAAUGUAUGAAGGAUGAUGAUUCGAAUGAUUCAGAUUGCAUUUUUGUUGAGAGUAUUCCAGAGACACCAUCUACAAGAUCAGGCAUGUCGAAAGGUAAUAAGCGCGAUCACGUUCCCACUGUAGAAGAUAUUAAAGAUAACGUUACUCCCAAAGUUCCUAGAACUAGAUCUUCCAAAUGUAUAGGCGAGGAAUCUAAGAGGAAAACUACAGACAAAGUUUUGCUCAGUGAGGAGAUAAAUUCUAAACUAGAUACGAUCACAUACGAAUCACUUAGUGCCACUCCCAGAAGAAGACCAAGAGGUGAAAAAACUAACCCUAGAGGUAUUUUGACUGUAUCUAAUAAAUGUGAGCCAACAGUAGCUGAAGACGAGAACAAACAGAAGAACGUCGACGAUGUAGAUAUUAUAUGUAACGUUGCCAAGAAAUUGUCAAUAAAACCAAGGAAAAGAGCUCUAAAGAGUACCACUGAAUCCGAAUCAUCAAUAGCACAGAAUGCCCUGAGUACUCCAAAGUCUCAUCGCUCAUCAUUGAGGCACAGUGCUCUGACACCGUCCAUAAAAAUGAGAACGGAAGCUCUGGCUAAACCGGUUACGCCAUUGCAGGAAGUUAGAUCUCGAUUACACGUCAGUGCAGUGCCUAAGUCGCUGCCUUGCAGGGAACAAGAGUUCAAUGACAUCUAUACCUUCUUAGAGGGCAAGUUAACGGAUAAUAUCGGAGGGUGUAUCUACAUUAGCGGCGUUCCAGGCACAGGUAAAACUGCUACUGUAAAUGAAGUCGUGAAAUGCUUGAAGAGAUCGGCGGAGAAGGGCAAACUGGACCAAUUCAAUUUUAUUGAAAUUAACGGUAUGAAAUUAUCUGAGCCCAGGCAAGCCUACGUACAGAUCCUGAAGCAGCUAACUGGGAAAGUUUUAACGUGGGAACAAGCAUGCAAUGCACUGGAAAAAAGAUUCGGCAGCAAAACCGAGAAGUCGAUAACGUUGCUACUUGUGGACGAACUUGAUUUAUUGUGCACAAAACGACAAGACGUUAUAUACAACAUACUGGAUUGGCCUACAAAACUUUCGGCUCGAUUAGUAGUCAUUACCAUUGCGAACACAAUGGAUCUCCCAGAGAGGGUUUUAAUGGGUAGAAUCACAUCACGGUUAGGUCUUACUCGAGUUACUUUUCAACCGUACAAUCACAAGCAAUUGCAAGAAAUAGUGUUGGCUAGGCUUAAAGAUACAGAUGUUUUUAAAAGUGAGGCCAUACAAUUAAUCGCACGUAAAGUAUCCGCGGUAUCGGGCGACGCUCGCCGUGCUUUGGAUAUCUGCCGUCGCGCGGCAGAAAUUACCGAAACACGCGACGGUAGCACGAUAACGAUGCAAGAUGUAAACGAAGCUCUAUCGGAGAUGAUAGCGAAUCCGAAGGUCCAAGCUAUAACGCACUGUUCGAAAUUCGAGCAGAUAUUCUUGCAAGCUGUGUGCGCAGAAGUUACGCGAACUGGUGUUGAGGAAGUUUAUUUCUUAAAUGUUUACAAGCAGUUUGAAUCUUUGUGUUCCUUUGAUGGCUACGAGGUGCCGAAUGUCACUCAGACACUUGAUAUUUGCGCGAGAUUAGGCGAUUACAGGUUGCUAAUAUGCGAAUAUGCAGGUAACGAUAUACAUCAGAGGAUACUGUUGAACGUAUCAAAAGAUGAUAUACAUUAUGCACUGCAAAACAUCAGUGUCGAUUAAAGGACACGUGUACAGCGUCGAGCCUUGGCUACACACCUCUAAUUUUCUUAUCGUGUAUUUUGUUGUAAGCCACAAUGAUGUUAUUUUACAAAUCACGAAUCUCUAACUCGGAUAUGUAAUCAUUUAUUAUGAAAUAUAUGACAAAGUAAUGACACAG